GGGGGCUAUCCGGUCCUGUGCUGUACCGAUGGCGUCGAGUACGAUCAGUCACCUAGUAGCAGCAGCCACUCACCUUUCGUGGAGGUGACAACAACAACGACGACGACCACGACAACUCCUAGACCGGCGACGACGCUGGCCCCGGUCACGUCAGCACCUGUUGUGCGUCAGGCAGAUUGCAUUGGACCGGACAGUCGCGAAGGAUACUGCAUUAGUUUACGAAGCUGCCCAUCGCUGUUGAAUGAAUUUUUGAAGCGCCAGAAAGAUCCCCAAUUCGUGAAAUUUAUUCAGCAAUCGAAUGCCAUCUGCAACUACAUUCAGCCGAACGUGUGCUGUCCUCUGGAUGGAGCCGGUACGGUCGUGCUUCCGCCCUCGGUUCCACCCCCAACAGUGGCUCCUCCCCCACCUCCACCGGCACCACCCACCGAAGGUCCUUCUCCCGGUCGGACAAGUGACAUCAUUCAACUGCCCACCCCCGCCGAUGGCUGCGGAGUGAGCAAAGUUCAGCACAAUCGCGUCGUGGGAGGAGUCCCAGCUGCCCUCAACGGAUGGCCUUGGAUGGCCUUGAUCGGCUACAAGAACGCUCUCGGGGAGGUUUCGUUCAAAUGUGGCGGAUCACUCAUCACCAAGCGCCACGUGCUGACGGCGGCCCAUUGCAUCCGAAAAGAUCUAUCCUCGGUGCGGCUCGGAGAGCAUGAUACAUCCACCGAUACGGAAACGAACCACAUUGAUAUUCCGGUUGUGAAGAUGGAAACCUAUCCGCAGUACGACAAAAAGGAUGGCCAUUCGGAUUUGGCGUUGCUGUAUUUGGAGUCUAGCGUUCCCUUCAGCGACGCCGUUCGCCCAAUCUGUCUGCCAACUGGUGAACCGGUCCGAUCCAAGAACUUCGAAGGCUUCACACCGUUCGUCGCCGGUUGGGGUCGAACUCAGGAAGGCGGAAAAGCGGCCACAGUGCUCCAGGAGCUUCAAAUCCCGAUCAUUUCGAACACCGAGUGCCGCGGACUAUACUCCAAGAUCGGCAAAUCCUUCUCGGAAAAGCAGUUCGACGAUGCGGUUCUGUGUGCCGGGGUCCUGGAAGGUGGCAAGGACUCUUGUCAAGGUGAUAGUGGCGGUCCGCUGAUGUUGCCGCAGCGUGAGGGCACGACUUUCUACUACUAUCAGGUCGGAGUGGUGUCCUACGGGAUUGGCUGUGCGAGGGCAGAGGUCCCUGGGGUGUACACCAGGGUGGCCAAGUUCGUCGAUUGGAUCAAGGAGAAGGUCACGGAACCCGUUUAGGAAUUUCGGUUUUGGAAGUCGAAGAAAUGGAACACGUUCGUUACUUAGUAUUCUUGCCAUUUAUUUGGUUUUACUCUUAAAAUGUUACUGGUUGUAUUUCUUGGUACACUGAAUGCAAAAAACUUGUUUAGAAUAAUGUUUUUGUAUUUCACGAAUGUUGAAGAACUACAAUUAGGGUGCUUUUGUACGUACGGAUUAUGCUCAAUAAUGUGUUUUGCAUGACAAAUAGGUUUAUUUUGUGCUCGAAGAGAACUGUAUUACAGCUACGAAAUAUAUACACAAUAUCACAUGUGUACACAUCUAUUUAUUUACAUAUUUAUAGUUUUAAUCUAGAACAAGGCAAAUGAAAGAAACCUAAAUUUGGUCGAUAACAAAGUUUGAAUGUGUAUUUAUUGAACAGUCUUCUUGAAAGUGAUGUUUGCACUGAAUCUAACCAAAAGCUGGUCGAGUAAUGAACGUAAAAAUUUUAAUGCUUAUUUUUUUAUCUAGAAAAUUUAACUUGAACCUAAAAAAAGUAAGGAACCG